AUGCCCUUGGGCACAUCAAACAUGCUUAGCCCGUGGAGCUGUAGGGUUGAUGCGAGCCUCACCGGCUAUGCGGUCUGUGCUGCUGAUUUGUCCGGAGAGGAGGCCAGGCAGCUGGUACACGAGGACGAAAGAUGGCGAUUCUAUCGGGGAGACGGCGAACGGCUUGCCCCGAGGAUCGCAGCUCUGGAUACAAGUGCGGUCUUUGACGAGGUGUCCGGUGAAGUGCUACGGGAAGAUCGCUGGCACCAGCUCUGGAAUUCCAGGUUCCACCACAAGGACCCUCGAGUCUUCGUGGUGCACACCGACCUGUGCAUGGCCUUUGUGAUCGAACGCAUCGACGGCAUCUUCAGCUUAGCGGGGUAUCCAGAGGACGCUUUCUUUCAGCACGUGCACAAGUUUACCCCAAAGCCUUCGGACAAACCUUGA